GCAGCAGAGGAGGCGUUUGUUUCUGAUCUUCGGGGAUUUACAGACCGACUGUUGGACCUGAAACAUCGACACAAAGGAGACGCUGCUCUUCAUCCUCAUUCAUCCGUCUGUUUAAAUCCUCGGAGGAGUGAGAUGUCGCUGCUGUCUGUCUGCAGGAUCUUUGUUCAGCUGCUCUCAGCUGUGCUGCUGAUGUCAUCGUGGUGCGUUCAGGGUCUGCGUGUGGAUGUGUUUCCCAGAAGGCCUCUGUGUAGGCUCGGGGAGCGCCAGCAGCUGGUGUGUCGGGUUCAUGACUGUCCCGAUAUGCCCAGCGUCUCCUGGACCCGGUUGGGGGACCAACCUCUGACCGCCUCCGUCAGCACCAACAGGACUGCGUCUGUGGUGACCUUUGACCCCGUGAUGAUGGAGCACGAAGGAGCUCUGCUGUGUAAAGUCAUCUGCGGAGGAGAACUCAAGCAGAUCAGAACCUCGGUGCGGGUUUACUCCUUCCCGUCAGGUCCUGUGAUCAGAGGUCAGGACCACCUGAGGCUGGGGGCGGAGUCAGCCCUGACCUGCCAGGUAUCUGAACUUUACCCUGCCGAGCUGCUGACCCUCACCUGGCUCAGAGGAGACACCGUCCUGCAGAGCAUUGUGGGAGAUCCUGGAUCCAGCUCGGUCUGGUCUGAAUACAGAUUCACCCCUCUGAACCAGGACUUAGGAGGCAACAUCAGCUGCAGGGCCACGUUGGACCUGCAGGACCUGCCUGCUGAGGACAAGAUCAGAGAGACCACCGUCCCCCUAAACCUGCUCUAUGCUCCUGUUGUCACGGCGAUAUCAGACUCUGUGUUGGUGAUGGCCGGCUCUCCGCUCACGCUCACCUGUUCUGCGGAGGGAAACCCCGAGCCAGUCGUCACCUGGAGCUUCAGGACGGCAGGCGGUCGGUCUGUGCCGCGGGGUCGAGGCCGUCAGCUGGUCUUUGCGGCGGUGAGUCUGUCUGAAGCCGGAUGGUACGAGUGUGACGCCCGAAACGCCGAAGGAAACCAAACCGCUGCCGUGGAGAUCACCGUUCAUGCUCCGCCCACCAACACCUCCCUCUCGGUGAGUCCAGGUGAGCAGGUGGUGGAGGGUCAGCAGGUGACGUUUACCUGCCACUCAGACGGAGCUCCGCCCACCACGCUGGUGCUGAGGAGGGAGGGGGCGGAGCUUAAUAGGACUGACCCCGCCUCCUCUCCGCUCUCCUUCAGCCUCUCCUCCGUCCUGCUGGAAGACUCCGCCCACUACCAGUGUGAAGCCUCCAACCAGUACGGAUCCCAACUGGUCACCAGCUCCAUCACUGUCGGAGUUCACCCUCUGCGGGUGGAGGUGAGUCCUCCGGUCUCAGCAGCAGAGCGGGGUUCAGGUCUGGUCCUGACCUGCAGAGCCACCGGAUGUCUCCACCCUCCCACCUUCACCUGGAGGAGGACAGACCAGGACCGGACCGUCCUCCAGAGGACGCAGCAGCAGGACGGACUGUCCCUGCUCCACCUGCAGGACCUGGACCUCCAGGAUCAGGGAGGAUACAGCUGCGAGGCCGAGUGUGACUCCGUCAUCAGGACCGGAAACACCCAGGUCCACGUCCUCUCGUUUCCGUCUGAUCCGGUUCUGGAGGAUCCUGGUCCUGUCCUGCUUGGCCAGGAGGCGGUCCUUCGCUGUGAUGUCAGAAACGUCUUCUCAACCAAUCAGAUGAGGAUCCAGUGGCUGUCGGGGAACACGACGCUGAUGUCGGAGUCGUUCAGGUUCUCCGGUUCCUUACAGAACGUCUCGUCUGUUCUUCAGCACCGGGUCGAGGAGGAUCAGCGGGAUCUGACCUGCAGAGCCGAGCUGCUGACGGAAGACGGAGACGUGUGGAGGUCCAGGAGGACCGGCGUCCCCCUGCAGGUCCACUAUCCUCCGAGGAGAACCUCCCUCUCGGUGAGUCCAGGUGAGCAGGUGGUGGAGGGUCAGCAGGUGACGUUUACCUGCCACUCAGACGGAGCUCCGCCCACCACGCUGGUGCUGAGGAGGGAGGGGGCGGAGCUUAAGAAGACUGACCCCGCCUCCUCUUCGCUCUCCUUCAGCCUCUCCUCCGCCCUGCUGGAAGACUCCGCCCUCUACCAGUGUGAAGCCUCCAACCAGUACGGAUCCCAACUGGUCACUAGCUCCAUCACUGUCGGAGCUCCUCCGAGGAACACCACAGUCCUCGUCCUGCCGUCUGCGGAGGUCCAGGAGGGACAAAAUGUCACCAUCUGCUGCCAGACCAUCAGCUUUCCGCCGUCAGCCGUGGCCCUGAAGAAGCUGACGAAUGGGACGGAGCUGUAUUCCCCCAAUGGCACCUUCCUAUUGGUCAACGUCUCAGCCGGAGACUCUGGGCUUUACCAAGUCAAUGUGACCAACGACCUCGGUUUCCAGGUCAAAGUCUUCAGCAUCAGCGUCAGAGAGAGAAGACCCAGCCUUCCUCCCAGUCUCAGCGUUGUCAUCAUCCCAGUCGUCUGUGUUGCCGCUGGGCUAGCAGCUGCUGCUCUGCUCCUCGACUACCUGAGAAGAUCCAGGAAGAAAGGCUUCUAUCAGCUGCCCCAGUCUGCUCCGCCUUCAGCCUGAGGCUAACACUGGGCUACCACCUCCCAACAUGCGGCUACCAAGUUCUAAUAUGUGGCUACCAUGUGGCUUUGAUAUCCGAUUAUGUGGCUACAACAUCCCAACAUGUGACUACCACUUCCUAAUGUGUAGCUACCAUGUCGUGACACAUGACUUUGAUAUGCUAAUAUGUGGAUACCACCUCCCAACUUGUGGCUGCUAAUUUGCAACACCUGAUUUCAAUAUUGGCCACCAUAUCCCAACAUGUGGCCACCAUAUCCCAACAUGUGGCCACCAUAUCCCAACAUGUGGCCACCAUAUCCCAACAUGUGGCUACCAUAUCCCAACAUAUGACUACUACCUGCCAGUAUCCCAAAAUGUGGCCACUAUGCCCCAAAAUGUGACUACCACCUCCUAGGCCUGUGACGAUAACUAUUUUGUUGGACGAUAUAUUGUCACAGCAAUAACUGCGAUAAACGAUAUUAUUGUCAUUUUAAGGGCAUUUUCAUCUCAUCCCAUUUAAUUAAUUUGCAUAAAGCGUCGGGGUUGUGUGGAGGGAGAGACGCAGAAAUCUCUAGCCAAAUAAUCACAAGCUCACUACAGGUACAUUGUAUAUUUGAAGUAAAAAAGUUUUUAAAAAAUCUACAAAGGGACGGAGGAGAUCAAACGAACUAUUAACAUAUGAACAAGCUACAGGAGCCUGUGACCCGGAGACCCGGAGAGAGACUGAGAGAAGCUCAAACCUGCCGACACCUACUGAGACCGACGACUGCGAUCACUCUGAGCAGCGUGCAGGGAAAUUAAUUACAGUAUAUGAAUAUAUGUCUCGCCUUUUCCCUGAUGGUCUGAAAAGGUGAAACUCCUCCCAGAGAGCAGACGACGAGCGGACGGAAGCAGCGCGACCAGAAAUGACAGAAAGACGUGUCUCGGCGUCGUUUUGUUUCUGUUCAUUCGGCUCGGGCGCUGUGGGGAAACCCUGCUGUUCAUUCCGGCAUCACGUCGGCUAAAAUGUUGCACACACGUAAACACAACGGGCAGUAUCGAGGUCGCGUUCACAUAUCGAAACGUAAGUCGAUAACGUAAUUAUCGCGACAGACCUACCACCUCCCAAUAUGUGGCUUUCAUAUCCCAUGACUACCACAUUCAAAUUUGUUUCUAUAACACUCCAACACUUGGCUACCACAACCCAAAAUGUGGCUACUGGAUUCCAGCACAUGGUUGCAUCAUUCCAGGACAUCCCAGCAUGUGACUCGUGGCUUGGCACAAUGCUACCACGUGCCGACUUAUUUACACAACACUCCAGUGCUUGGCUACCACGUCACCACUUGUGGCUACAGCCUUUUAUAAUGUAACGUAUGAGCAGCAGUUAACAGCAUUUAGUCUUCUGUCAGCUUGCAGCAGCUUUGCAGCUCAUUCAUUUUUCACUAGUUUUUAGUAGCUGUGAACUCGGACUUCCCGUUCAGCGAACCGUCCCUUUAACUGCUCGGCCUGAGAGACUAAACUGAAGCAGAAAUCUUGCUCUGAAUCAAAGCUUUGUCUUCAGUUUCAUAACAUGUAAGAAAAAUUCCCACCGUGACUCUUCAGGGACUCUUUAAAGGACCAGAAGGAGGUCGGAAACUUUCAGUUUGAGCUUCACUUUCAGUUUUAGAGUCCCUCUGUUGCUUUGGCCCCGCUGCACCUUCACUUUAUAUGUUCUGCUACAGAACCACAUUGUUUGUGUCUGUGUUGAAUUAUCUGCUGCGUUUCUUGCCUGAUGUGAGUUGAAUGUAAAUAUGUGUUCAGUUUCUCACUGUGUGCUUUUAUUAAAGAUAUUUUCCUAAAAGAUAA